AGGCAGGGAGUGCGUCAUCCCGGACGUCUCUCGCACAUAUCACUUUGGUGCUUCAGGAAUCAACAUGAACAGCUACUUCCAGGAUCAGUACUUCAAGCAGCAUUCGCUCAACACAGACGUGCACGUCAAGUUGAAAGACGUGGAGCUACUGAAGAAGGAACCGUACGAGCAGCUAGUGCAGAGCUUAAUUAGCGGGGCGCAGGUGCUUGACCACAGCAAGUCCCCGUGUGAGAGCGACUUCAUUCCUGAUACCAAAGCGGUAACAUAUGUGAUGUAUAUUAAGAUGGACGACCCAAAGGACGUCGCCAAUUGGAUGGAGGUUGCCAAGUGCUUUCGCGUGUGGGACCUAGACGUUAGAGGGCAGCACAAUAGCAUGUGGAGACUGCACAUGCGCGGCAAUCCGCUAUUUGUCGUCGGCGUGCCUGCCUCACCAUACUCGUCUUUCAAGCCAGGCGAUGUCGCUCCUAUUCUACUUCAACCAGCCAAUCAGAAAACGGGGAGUAGUUGACCUUCAACUAUUCUUGAAUCGCUCGCAUUUUGUAUUAUAAUAAUUCAGUCAGCUAGUCGUUGCGUAGUCACAUCUAACAGUGCAUAUAAAUAUAUACAUAUAUAUUUGUUUUGUUAUGUUACGUUUACUGUGAUGUAUAUUUACAGUUUUUCUUCUCCCCGUAAAACAUUCUCGCGUUUUAUUCCGCGGUUGUUUUGCUGCCGAUCGUUGUGCCGUCUGGUGGCAGGUUGUGAAACCAUGCGCAUGCUUGGUUGUCCGCGUACAGAUUUGUUUAAAUUUCUUUCUCGAGCUUUUAUUUACGAGCUCUUACAGUGCGCCAUGUCUGUUACUAGAUGUAACGAGCUUACUUACUUACUUAAUCCUCUUCACUCUUACCGGAGCAUAGGGCCUCCACUAGUUUUCUCCAGCGGACUCGGUUUUGUGCUGUCCGCUUGAUCUGUUCCCACGUCAUGCCGAUCUCCUGAUGUUCUUCUGUGACUGUUCUCUUCCACGAUUUCUUAGGUCGUCCCCUUUUCCUUUUCCCCUGUGGGUUCCACUCUAAGGACUGCCGCGUGGUGUUGGUCGUCGGUUUCCGUAGGGUGUGUCCAAUCCACCGCCAUUUCCUUCGUCUCAACGAGCUUACGAUAUGAGAAACUAAAUACGAGACAUGAUCAUCAUGUGAGUAUCUGUACGCGCGGAGGAGGAGGAG